AUGCACCUCGACCAGCUCCGUCCCAGUUCGCAUAAGCAAGCGCAUCCCGGUCUUCACUGGGCACCGGUGAAUCGCGAGAGAGAGAGAGAGAGAGAGAGAGAGAGAGCAGGAGAGAAACUUGGGAAGGGCUCACCCUGCGCUGCCCUAGCCUACUUACUUACUCCUACUCAUGUCGCCCCUCUUUCCUACCUACUACCCAUCCAGACAAGCAAGUACCUACUGUACCGCCACCUAAUCUCGACCAAGGACCGAACGGCCACUCUUCCCCGUCCAGCUGUUGACUCUUUCUCCACCCUUCCAGUCCAACUUUUGUCCCAAGCCUCCAAGGGCACCACCGUUGGGUCCAGCCUGUCAGCUGUCAGGCACGGCAAAUUGCAGUCGCUACCUGAUCUUAGUCCAUUGCCACGACGGGCCUGCUCGGGAGAUCUAAAGCAACACAGGAACCCUUUUCUUCCGGAGCACGUUGAUCUGCCGACCUAUGGCCAACUCAUUGGUGAUGCUGUGAUUUAUGAAUGCCCAACUGCAGCCCUCGGGAGCGAGACGACACCACCCGUUCCUCGUACCAUACCCAUUGUUACCGUCGUACUCUUACCGUGCCAGAGCUUGGGUCGCUUUGGGCACACACCCACCCUUCCAAGAGCACACAGUACACGGUACGAACCUCUUCGACGCAGUUCCAGAACAGGUUCAUGCUCCCCUUCCCAUGACUGCACUCGGCGCUUUUAUCGCAUGCACGAUGACGUCUCGGGUCGGGUUGGGCGUGCCCCUCUUUGGAGGAAUUUCAUGCAUAUCUUGGCAGCCUUCCAGAAUCUCUGUCUGCCAGAACAUCUCGAAGAUUCCCAGCAUCAGGCCAGCGCCGGGGCUGCUGCGUUCUAG